AUGCCUCCAGGGCCUGAAGAGCCUGGGCACCAGGUAAAAGUUGUUUCAAAAAGCCAUGGUAAAUCACGACAGAUAUGGCUUGGCCUCAAGGGGAUCUUUUUGCCGGUGUUGAUCGGCGUCUUGGCCUUGGUGGCGGGGCUCUUUCUGGACAGCCCCAAUAUUGAAGCUGCACUCGGCUACUUCCGUGCCGAGAAUCAAGACAGCUAUUGGAAGAAACAUCGAGAAGAAGUCAAGGAUGUGUUUGUCACAAGCUGGGAUGCGUACUCUAAAUAUGCCUGGGGAAAAGAUAUUUUCCACCCCAUCUCCAAAAGAGGAGAGCAAAUGAGUCCAAAUGGACUGGGUUGGAUCAUUGUUGACAGUCUAGACACGUUGAUGGUCAUGAACCUAACUUCGCAACUCUCCGAUGCUCGGAAAUGGCUCAAGCGGGACCUGACCUACGACCAGGAUCAAGAUGUCAACACCUUUGAGACAACUAUCCGCAUGCUCGGCGGACUCCUGUCCGCGCACUUCUUGUCGACUCAACUCCCCGAUAUUUCAUCACGUCGUGACCACGUUUACCUCGAAAAAGCCAUUGAUUUAGCAGACCGUCUUCUGGUUGCCUAUGAUUCCCCAGCUGGAAUUCCUUACUCCAGUGUGAACAUUGGUACUCGACAGGGUCUCAGAUCUCAUACUGACAACGGAGCGUCGUCGACUGCUGAAGCCACGACUCUUCAGCUGGAGAUGAAGUACCUCGCCAACCUCACGGGAAAUGAAGUGUACUGGCAAAAGGCCGAAAAUGUUAUGAAGGUGGUAGAUGAUCAUCGCAUGCCAGAUGGCUUGUUGCCCAUCUUCGUGAGUCCUGAUACAGGCAACUUCCGCUCCAGGAUAAUCCGUUUGGGAAGCCGCGGCGAUUCUUACUACGAAUACUUGGCGAAACAAUAUUUACAAACUCAUGAGCCAAUCUAUGGCGAGAUGUGGGAAGAGGCUCUAGCAGGUAUCCAAAAACACCUAGUCACCACCACCAAGCAUUCCAACCUUCAGAUUGUGGCCGAGCUUGAAAAGGGUAUCGGUGGGAGAUUAUCUCCCAAAAUGGACCAUCUCGUUUGCUUCUUGCCUGGCUCGAUUGCAAUCGCCGCAACUGAUGGAAGAACCGAAGCCGCAGCACGUAAGCUCCCAACUUGGAAUACCCAAAAGGAAAAGCAGAUGGAGCUCGCCAGAGAGCUCACAAAGACUUGCUGGGCAAUGUACGCUGUCACAGAAACAGGCCUGUCACCCGAGAUCGCCUGGUUCAAUGUCGAAGAUGACAAUCUCGAGCCGAACCCUGGCUCGAGGUUUCAAAAUAGGAGCAGCGACGAUUUAAAAUCUUGGCAAGACGAUUUCAAGAUCAAGUCUGCUGAUGCGCAUAACCUGCAGCGUCCGGAAACCGUGGAAAGUCUUUUCUUAUUAUUCCGGGUCACAGAAGACCCUAUCUAUAGAAAAUGGGGAUGGGAAAUUUUCAAAUCGUUCAAAGAGCAUAUGCUUGUAACCAGCGGAGAGGGCUAUACGUCUUUGGACGAUGUCACUACAAUUCCUUCACCAACGCGCGAUAAUAUGGAGAGUUUCUGGCUGGCCGAGACAUUGAAGUAUCUUUACCUCCUUUUCUCUCCGAGCGAAUACCUCCCGCUCACAGAGGUCGUUUUCAACACCGAAGCACACGUGUUCCCUCGAUUCGAGCCGAACAAAUUCAAAACCGGCUGGAAACGAAGAGAGCGCAACGAAUCCAGGAAUAAAUAUCCAUAA